UCAGCCGUACAAUGUUUGUAAACAAGUAAUUGCCAUUGUUGAGAAAUACCAAAACAAGUCCUGCGCAGACGGCGCCUGCAAACGGCAACAAGUUGUUGGAAAUUUCCCAAUUCCAGGAAUUUCGCUAAAACUCAACACAACCUUUGGAGCUUUCAACACAGUCUCAAGGCUUUCUAAGCUACUAGCAUUUUCGUGGACUUGACAUUUUAUCAGUUGCUGUGCAGACCUGGAGUUCUAAAGACAUUAAAACGGAAAACCAAACUGUGUAAAAUUUUUUCUAUAUACAUAUACAGUAAUACAUACAUAUUUAUAUAUAUCAAAAAGGCAUAUAAGGUUAAUGCUGAAGACUGAAAAAUAUUCUGCAAGUAAUUCAAAGCCCUAGAAAAUUAAUAAAUCCUUGGAGGAAAAGUGUUUAAAUUCGUAGAGUAAAAAUAGUAAAAAAGAAAAUUACAUCUGUAUGUGUUAAAUUAAUUGAGUAAUUAAAAGUAGAAGCGUAAUUACGUCGUGUAUGUGUGUUUUUCAUUAAGUGAAAGUAAUUUUUCAUAAAGUGAUUUGUGGCAGAACUUUGAAAAUGGUACCAAUUUGGCUUGAAAACUCCGUGGAACCCGAAAACACGCUAAAGCAUAUAAAAUCUAAUAGCCACACUUAAGUCAACAAAAAGAUAUUAAGCUCAAUUUUCGCAGCCUGCAGGUGCAUCCACUGCCCCAUUGGUUACAACAGGCUAUCCAUUUUUAAGUAAAGACGUCUAAAAUGGCUGAACAACAGAAACUGUCGUUAUGUCCACGGUUGGUAGACUACAUGGCUAUUGUGGGUGCACGUACUACUCCGCCCAUGCCGAAAGGCUUGACCGGCAAUAAAACGCCUCCUGUGCAGAUACCGGAAUUGUUGCGUCGCUAUCCGCCCUCGGAUCACAGUGACUUUCCACUCCCCCUCGACAUGGUAUAUUUCUGUCAACCCGAAGGUUGUACCAGUGUAGGACCGCGUCGCACAGGUUCAGCAAUACGUGAUAUGACGUCAUUUGUAUUUGCGCUUACCGAUAAAGAUUCCGGCAAGACCCGUUACGGCAUCUGUGUUAAUUUUUAUCGACCAAUUGAACGACAUACCGCGAAUGCGGAUCGAGGAGCUGUGAGCGGCAACCACGGUGCGGCUGGACUGGGACAAAGUACAAGAGGUCGUCGUAGCUCUGCUUUCCGACGUGAGUCCUGGCGUAAGAGUAUGGAGCGUAGCUCGGACUCAGCAUUUAGUAGAACAUAUGAUGCUAAACGACGUAUUUCUUGUAAUAGUUACGGCCUCUUAACUUCUUCUAGCGACUACAGAAGUAACGUCGCUCCAAGUGAUUCGGAUCGUGAAAUGACAUCACGACGUGAUUCGGAUCCGCCGAAUCAGCAUCAUUCAGCGCAUGGCGCGCACGGACACAUGUCACAACAACAGCAGCAAAGUCAUACACAGCAAGUGCCCAAACUGGGUUUGAUGGCGCCAUCUGCGGACUCGGAGUCGGGCGGCAGCCAUUCGCCGUCGCCGCGUGCCUUACGUAAACGCACGAAGCUACGCAAUCAAUCGCUCACCUCGCUAUGCAUCAUCUCACAUCAUCCGUUCUUCUCGACAUUUCGUGAAUGUCUAUUCAUACUCAAGAAGCUGAUCGAUGCCUGCAAUGAGUCGUCAUCGCCCAAACGUUUGGGCGCUUCACAAAAGCAAAAUCGUGACAAUGUGUGGACGGUGCUCACUGGUCAUGCCAGCGCCGAAGCUACCUCGUCCAUAGUGUUGCACGAUGUACGCGAGAUUGAAACGUGGAUCUUGCGUUUGCUCUCCACACCUGUACCUGUGCCGGGCUCAACACGAGUUGAGGUUGAGGUGCUCUCACCCACCGUGCAUGAGCCGCUGCUCUUCGCAUUGCCAGAUCAUACACGUUUCUCGCUUGUCGACUUUCCGCUGCAUUUGCCGCUGGAGUUGCUCGGCGUUGAGACGUGUCUGAAGGUCUGGACCUUGAUUAUGCUGGAAAAUAAAGUGCUCUUCCAGUCACGUGAUUAUAAUGCGCUUUCCAUGUCGGUAAUGGCAUUCGUCACAAUGCUCUAUCCAUUAGAGUAUAUGUUCCCGGUGAUACCGUUAUUGCCGACAUGUUUGAGUUGCGCCGAACAAUUGUUGCUGGCACCAACACCGUUCGUGAUUGGUGUGCCGGCAACAUUUCUUAUGUACAAAAAGAAUUUCCGCUUGCCGGAUGACAUCUGGGUUGUGGACUUGGAUUCAACAAAGUUAUCACCGCCAACUGGCGGUUAUGAGGAGAUACCAGCUCUGCCAGAGCCUGAAGGCACCAUACUCAAGAAUCACCUGAAACAAGCUAUGCAACUUAUGGAUGAAGCUGGACUCGGUGCGCUAUCUUCUAUGUCAGCGUCCAAUCAGGCCAUUUCAGCACAACAGCUCUUGCCGUCGGUGCGUGACAGUCUCACAGAGCCAACUUUACUGGGGGUCUCGCAAGUGCGCUUGCCUCUCCAAUCGCCCACACAGUCUGCGUAUGCAAGUCAACGCAGCUCGAUGUCGGCUCAAGGUUCGCACUCACGACAGCCGAGUCCAAUGAAUUCACCUGCUUUGAAUCCAUUCAUUUAUGGCACUGACGUUGACUCCGUAGACGUCGCCACGCGCGUUGCAAUGGUACGGUUUUUCAACGCGCAAAAUACUCUCGCUAACUUUGCCGAGCAUACUCGUACAUUGCGUCUUUAUCCACGACCAGUGGUCGCCUUCCAAAUCAACAGUUUCCUACGUUCACGUCCACGUGCAACACAGUUCCUUAAUCAGUUUGCACGCACACAAGCUGUAGAGUUCCUCGCAGAGUGGUCAUUGACACCCACUAAUGUGGCCUUCUUACGGGUACAAACUGGCGUUAUGGAUCCAGGUCAGGUUGGCGAUAAGCCCAAAUGGUUUGCACACCAACUUACGCCUAUACGCUUUUCUGUCUGGGAUGAUGGUAGCUCACUAAAUGGCGCACUACGUUCAUUGAAACAGUUGGAAUGUCAGCCAACCGAUGAAAGCGGUUCCGAUUCGGAAGGUGCAGAGAGUUCAAGUUCCUCUUAUUCCUCGCUUAGUGAUUUUGUUUCGGAAAUGGUAUCAUCAGAUUUGUCGCCGAGUAUACAUGAUGUUUUCGGUGCACAUAAUCGACCGCAUAAUGUGCCACAAACACUUUCAUCUAAUCUAGAUCCCGCUUUAGUUUACCAUCCACCUAGAACCUUGCAGUAUCCAGAAAGCAUGUCUAAGAAAAUCGAGAUUAGCGAAGAUGAAGAAGCUCAACGCGCUGAAUCGCCAAUUUCAUCCUCAUCCAGUCGCUCCGAUCUAAGUUCGCCCAGUCGCGAUUCGGAAUUCGAAUUUCCAACUAAAUCAGCAACUGGUCCUUUCGAUUUAGCAGCGCCUGCGGCACAACGCCUUGAGGCGACGUUGCGUGCUGCGAGUAUUGAUAACGAAGCCACUGAAGCUGGAGAACCAAGAAAAUCUCCGGUAUCCGCACAUAAACAACAGCUACAACAUCACCAACAGCAACAGCAGCGUCAUGCUGGCGAAGCAGAUCACAGCGGCGUUGACAAAAAGCGUCCGCCUCCAAUAACACCACCUGUGUCCAAUAUUCUUGCGCGCACCGGCAGCUCUGGUUCAAGUUCGAGUAGUCCUGGCAGACAGGGUUCACAAGGCUCACUUUUUGAAAAUUUCGCUUCGCACGCAAAGGAGCUGGUGCGCGAAACAACGCGCCAGAGCAGUCAAGAGGGUCUCUUAGCUCAAGUGGACAAAUUUACCUUGCACGCCAAAAAAGCUGCCGGCGAAGCAUCGAAACAAGCUCUAGAAGUCUCCAAGCAGGCCGCGGGCGUAAGUAAGCACACCUUCGACGACUUAACCUAUGUCAGCAAGUCAACGAUUGGUGAUUUAACGAAGACAGCCAAAGAAGCUGCCACCAAAAAGGGCAUAAUAAAAGUGGAUGAUCAAUCGCAAUUAGUGGGGCAACAACAAAUCGCCACACAAAAACAAAUGCAGAGUUCCGGUGGCAAUUUCUUUUCAUCCAUUGGCACUGAUUUCAAUGGACUGGCCUCAUCGACAUCCACCAUGUUUUCCGGCAUGUUCGGUGGCAAGAAAAAUCAGCAAAGGCAGCAGCAACCACCGCACCCACAAUACAGCAGCGGCAGUUUGCAGCAAAAAGCCAAGUCAGGCAUCAAUUUCGAUCCCUUUCCCAGUCGCAAAGGUCUGGUGGAACGCACACCACUUAUCAAACAUUCCGGUCCGGGGCAGACGCAGGAAGACAUAACGCGCCAACAAAAUCAGGAGCGUUCACACAGUAAUACGGAAAAUCAGGCUUUCCUGAAGGAUGUCACCUCGCAGGUUUUGGCUGGCGAAGGUGUGGGCUGGUUGAAGAUGAAUCGUUUUAAGAAACUUAUGGAAGAUGAGUCGUAUCGCACGCUGGUGCUUAGUAAACUCAAUAAGACGCUGGACAAGAAAAUCAUGCCUGAUGAUCAUAUAGACGAUGUGUGCGUACCCAAACCGGUUUGGAAAGGUAUGCUGAAAUGCUUGCAGGCGGUGACUGUUGGAUUUGAGGCGUCUUUUUCGAACUUCGGCCUUGGCGGCAUGGCUUCGAUAUUUCAAAUGAUGGAAAUCGCACACACACAUUACUGGAGCAAGGAACUGAAUGAAACUACCGACAUGUCUUCAAGUUUGUUAUCCAGUCAUGCGACAAGUCCUAUGGGCAGUCGUGAGAAUUUGCGUUCACCCUCCAGUCCCAUGGAUUCGCAUUCCGGUUUGGGCAGUGAGUGGGCUUCACCACAAGAGUCGCGGAAAGGCUCUUCGCAAACUGAUCGUGCCGGUCCAAUGAUUAAUACAGCUGCAACCUCGGCGGCCGCCAGACGUAUGUCAUCUGCCGACAGUCAGGACGGACAGUCGACAACGGAAAUGUUUAAGGAUAUGUUGGUGCAGAAACGCACAGCGCUGUUGAGCAAACUCACUUCGUUUGACUCAGACGGUGCCGGUUCCACAGGUGCUCUAUCGGUUGUUAGUGAUCUACUGCCAGGCGGUAGUUUGAAUGUACGUAUGCCCGCUAGUUGUCGUUCAACGGUAUCCGAUACCGAAUAUGAAAAUACUACAACCUCGAAGGAUUCGAAACGAAGCUCUGGUAACAUUUGGUCGGGCAAAUCCACGCUAAGCGCCGGUUUUCGUUAUACAGGCGGACAUCUAAUCAACACCUCUUCUUCGCCAUCGCCGGAUAGCCCAAGAGUCUACCUAUUCGAAGGUUUAAUUGGGAGAGACCGUUCGAAUUUGUGGAACCAAAUGCAAUUCUGGGAGGAUGCUUUUUUGGAUGCAGUGAGCCAAGAGCGUGAUAUGAUUGGUAUGGAUCAGGGACCCAUCGAAAUGAUGGAACGCUACAAAUCGUUGAGUGAUGAGGAACGGAAACGCUUGGAGCACGACGAAGAUCGGCUGCUCUCAACAAUGUUAUACAAUCUCACCGCCAUACUUGUAAUGCUUGGCGUAAACAAAGAGGAGAUACGACGCAAGAUACGACGCCUCUUGGGUAAAAGUCACAUUGGUUUGGUUUAUUCCACCGAAGUGCAUAAUGUUGUAGACCAAAUAAAUAAUCUCAAUGGCAAUGACAUCGAUCUGAAGCCGCUCGGUUCGAGACUGCUGCAUCGUCAGAGUUUCACCGUGCAUCCCGGUUCAGAUAAUAGCGGACCACUGCUCUUUAUGGAAGUGCGCGACGACGGACUGGUGGUGCGCUCUGUCGACGGCACAAUUGUCGAACGUUGGUUCUACGAGCGUCUGGUCAACAUGACAUAUUCACCAAAAACUAAAGUGCUCUGCCUCUGGCGCCGCAAUGGCGGACAGAUACAGCUCAAUCGCUUUUAUACGCGCAAGUGCAGAGAAUUGUAUAACUCUAUCAAGGAGUCCAUGGAACGCAGCGGUACGCCGAAGAAUGUGCCGGAGUUGGGCGGUGAGUUUCCGGUACAGGAUAUGAACACCGGCGAGGGUGGCCUUUUGCAGGUGUGCUUAGAGGGUGUUGGUUUGUUGUUUGCCAACAGCAAGGAUUUCGAGUUCUUCGUGCGGCUGGAUCACAUACGAAAGUGCUUUACGCAGAUGGGCGGCAUUUUCGUGCUGGAAGAGUACAAUCCGAAAACACGGCAUCUUAUUCAACGAAAGUAUAAAUCAACUUUGGCUGACCAGAUUUGCUAUGCGGUUUUGUGCGUUUUCUCUUAUGUCGCCGCCGGGCAGGAGCAGAAGAAGAAUCCCGUUGUUAUCACGCCGCAAAUACAGGACAUACACGCACAGCAGAAACAACAGCACGCACAACAGCAAAAGCAAUUACAACAACAACAACAUCAACAGCAGCAGCAGCAACCGCAUCCGAGCAGCAGCGGCGCCACAAGUCCACGCGCUUCGAUGGCCAAGCAAACAGCAGUGGCAACAACAACACCCGGCAACAAGUCGCCAUCAUUGGCAACAACACAUCUGCCACCACAACAGUGCACUGGUAAGAAUGCCACAAUCACCAUACGUCACACGAUGCCAAUGCAAAAGCCGACGGUGACAACGGCCACGGUGCAGCCACAGGCGAAGCUGCCGCAUGCCGCAUACGCCUCGCCAGCCACAAUCACCGCAGCGCCCAUGCAAACGGCAAGCGCGACCGGCGGCACAAUGCAACAACAACAUCACCCACAAUCGAACUAUCAACAAGUGUCACCCGUUUCUCCAUUACAACAACAUGCACAUCAAUAUGCACAACAACACCAACAAACGCCAACAAAUCACCAUGUGCCCAGCCACAGUCCAGUUAGCCGCACUAGCAGCAGUGGCAGCACAACUGGCCCCUUACCACAAUUGCCGCCGCGCGUACCCUCACAAACCUCCACCGAGAGUCUGCACUCCUCACCACCAAUUGGCAAAACGCGCGGCUUACCUGCCGGACCACCGCCCGCCAUACCGCCACGCAGCGGCGCCAUGGCACGCGCUGGUUCCUUGCAAGUACAUUCCUCCGCAGCGGCGGCGGCAACGUCCUCCGCCGCUAGCAACGCUUUAACGGGCGCACGUAACUUUGUGCGCCAAAUUUCAGCAAGUUCAACGCCACCACAGUACACACCGCAGGCACCGCCGCCCUUCGUAAUACCCAAGCGGCGCACCUCGUUGUCGCGCGCCUCCUCGGUUGCGUGUACGGGUGCGGCAGGUGCACCCCCAACGAGUUCAUUGGGCGCCAUGGGUGGUCAACGACCCUCAUAUGGCAGUGUGAACAUGGGCUUGUCACAGCAACAACAACCGCAGCAUACUUCUUACCAGUCACAACAGUCACAACAGUCACCACAACAACAGCAGCAACAAUCGCCAGGUGCCAGCGGCGCCAACAAACACUGACGAAGGAGUUCAUUCUUCCGUUUUAGCGGCAGCAGCGGUGGCGGUGGCGGUCAUGCGGGUGUUGAACCGCAGCCACGUGAGGUCUGCCGCACCAUUUGUAUUCCAUGGCUUUGAAAAAGUGACACAGAACGGGUAACUAACGCCAGCAAGCACUGGCUGCUAAACUUUUCCGCUACAUAGAUGAGCUUUAUUAUUGACAUACACAAAUCGCUGCAGCUACCCUGCAGGAAAAAUUUCACUAGUCUGGGUUAAUGAUUGUAUAGGUUAAUGGUCUUUACGUGAAUUACGAGGGACCAGUUACAAAUUAAGUUAAAAGUUCAAAAAGUUUUCAAAUUUUUACACUAAAUAUAUUAUAAAGGGUGUCUGAAAAAGAAGAAAU